AUGUCAUCUAACAGUAAAAAAGUAACAUAUAAAUAUCCGAUUGAUGAAAAUACUGAUUAUCUUGUUCCUUUACAAUAUGAUUAUAAAUCUACAAUACCAAUACAAUCAAGAUAUCUCGAAAAUGUAUCUUCAAGUUCUCCAUCACCUGCUACGGAUUUUUUUGGUUUAAUUUAUUUUCCAGUUUCAUUAAUUCUCUACGUUGGGAUUCCCAUAUCACAAUUUGUCAUUGGUCUUGUGUAUAUUGGUCAAUGUCCUGUUCAACAAAUUAUUGUUGCUUGGAUGAUUGUUAGUGGUAUUUUUGGUAUACUAUUAGUAAUAAUUGGUAUAAUCAUUUAUAUACAAAGUCGUAAGCUACAAUUAUCAACAACAUCCUAUGAUAGAUCACAAUCAAAUCGUAUAAUUUUAUAUAUUCUUAAACCACUUUUUGCCGUUAUUCUUCUCUUUAUUAUUGCAUGGUUCUUUGCUGGACAAGUAUUUGUAUUUCAAGCUAAAUUACGUGUUGAAUUUUUUGAUUCAACAUUACCGGAAUAUUGUCAUGAAAAUUUAUAUAAAGCUGCAUAUAUUCUUAUUUUUAUUGAUUAUCUUAUUUUUCUUCUUGCUAUUAUACUCAAUGUGCUUAGUUAUGUUGCACCACCAGAUGAUGGUGAUAAAAAUAAUCGUCAUGUAAAAAAACAUUCAACUCAUAAUGCAAAAAAAUAA